GGAAAACAAGUACCAACAACAGUAACUUGGCAACUGACAGAGACCACGAAUUAACAAUGGCAGAAGAAGAACACCAGAUCGACUUUGAAGGUGGUGAGGCCGGUGCCUCUUUGACUUUCCCUACCCAAUGCUCUUCUUUGCGUAAGAACGGCCACGUUGUCAUCAAGGGCCGUCCUUGCAAGAUUGUGGAAAUGUCUACCUCCAAGACCGGUAAGCACGGUCACGCCAAGGUUAACAUUGUCGCCAUUGACAUUUUCACUGGCCGUAAGUACGAAGAUGUGUCUCCUUCCACCCACAAUAUGGAAGUUCCUGUCGUUAAGCGUGAUGACUACCAAUUGGUUGACAUUGAUGACGGUUUCUUGUCUCUCAUGACUUCCGAUGGUAGCACUAAGGACGACGUUCGUAUUCCCGAAGGUGAAAUUGGUCAACAAAUUGAAGAAGGUUUCGAGGAAGGCAAGGACUUGAUUGUCUCUGUCGUUUCUGCCAUGGGUGAAGAAAUUCCUCUCACCGUUCGUGAAGCUCCUAGCGGUUCUUCUUAGAUUGGGAAAGGUUAUUUCUUACUUUUAGAUUGUAUAAACAUCUAAAAAAGGUUUUGCAACGUUUUAUGUUCUCGUAAGCUAUGUAAUUACAGCGUAAACAGCAUGUAGAGUCUAGUAUUAUACAGAAUAGCCCGAGCUGUAGAUAAAUCGUU